AAAACACGCAAAAAUAUUCGUAUAUUUAAUAUUUAAUUAAACUAACAAAUAACAAUGGGAAACUGUUUAAAUAGAUUUGCAUUCAAACCAGAUGAUGAGGAAGAAGAACCUACGUAUGAGAGAAUCAGAUCAAAAGCACGUGAAAAUAUCCAGAAGAGAUCAAAUUACAAUGUUACUGAAGAGAAGCGAGAACGUGAUUCAUCGUAUAAAUUUCGUGCACUGGAUGACGAUUUUGAACCAUUACCUUUUGAUGCCAAUACAGAGGAAAAUAAAGGUCGGUCUUCCAAAUCAGUAGAACUAAGCGUUGCCGUAGUCUCAGUGUCAUCUGAAGGAGUCAAAGUUGCAGCCAGGGAAGGAAUUUUUGAAGUCAUGUCCGAAUUAAAACGUGAACUUAGUCAUCGUAAGGACUGGAUGAAUAAGCCAACAGUCUUCAAAAAGCUUGAAGAAGACAAAGAUGCAACCGUGAAUAAAAUUUUGAGUGAAAGUGAAUUAGAUUAUGAAUUGAACCUUGAUUUGGACUUGCAUAAUAAGUCAAAAAUCGAUAAAAAGGCUGAUGUUCCUGAGCAGAAACAAGAACAAUCGUCGUCAGAAGUCAGUAAGAAUCCUAAACGUCAAUUCCGUAAGAAACAAUGUAAGGCUAAUAAGCGUCAAGUUAGUCCAGAGGAUUCAUCAGAAAGCACUGACGAUGAAGCAUUAAAUGUUGUUGAAUUGGAUCGAAAAGUCAACUUUAACUUGGAAUUGCAACCAGCACAAGAACCUGACAGAAAAAUUAUUAGCCCGUGUAUUGAAAUUCCUACUAAGCGAUCGACAUCGUUUAAACUUGUUAAGCCUCACUAUGUAUCCAAGAAUAUCGCAAACAAGAAAAAGCGCAACCGAAUCGCUAGCAUUAAGAAACAAAACAACUUUGUUCCAGUCAAAGCUAAGGAUGAUUAAAGCACAAAUUAAAAUAUUUUAAUUGUUUAAGAAUCUAGAACAAUUUUUUUCAAUAAGUAAGUCAUUAACUUUUAACUUUGAAGCAUAAAAAAAUAUAAUAGGACACAAAAAUUAUGUCAAUUUUAGUCGAGAUAAAAAUUUAAGCAGGAAACUAUGUCUUUCAAUUUACAAUAAUAACGAAUAAAAUAAAGCAUACACGAAUGCUUAUACACAGAA